AUGGGCUAUGAUCAUGCUGAACAGAAAGAGCUAGACCCGGCUCCCUCGAGUUCCAACUCGGGUGCUGGCGGCAGUAUCGUUGAGGAGGCGGACAAACAGAAAGAAUGGGACGACGACGACGUCGGGACGUUACCGGAUGUCGAGGGCAAGCCCAGUCGCAACAAGCUGGAACACGAACAUGCGCAUCACCAUCACAAAGGACGGCUGAAGCUGCGAUCCGCCGACGAUGAUCUUCCCACAAGCUGGUGGUUUGCCUCCACCGCCAUUCCCCUCAUCGCCGCCACGUUCGCACCCAUGGCCAAUCUGAUUUCUAUUGCUGCUCUGGUGGUGGCCUGGAGGAACAGACUCACUCAAAGCCCGGCGGAGUUCCCUGGCACCUAUCAAUCCACUUCCGUUGGCUAUGAGGACCCGACCUGGUGCGUCAAUCUGAACAUUGCCUCGCUGGUUUGUGGCUUUGUAGGGAACCUCUUCCUCCUCUUCAACUUCACCAAGCGCGUCCGCUAUAUCGUCGCUCUGCCCGCGACCAUCGUGCUCUUCUACAUGGCGUCGGGCAUUUUGAUCGGAAUAACCGCAUCGAUGAACCUUCAUGUACCACCUGGUAUAGGUGAGGUAUAUUCUCAGGGCUAUUGGAAUGCUGUCAUCGCCGCGUGCCUAUACAUGUUCAAUUCUAUAAUCCUGAUGGUCAACAUGUGUGGUUAUUUCCUCGGCCAUUAUCCUCAGCACUUCACCUUGACCGAUGAGCAACGCAACCUGAUCCUGCAGACCAUGAUGUUCUUCAUAUGGCUGGGCGGAGGUGCUGGCAUCUUCACCCGGAUUGAAGGCUGGACAUAUCCCGAUGCUCUUUACUUCUGCGACGUGACCAUCUUGACUAUUGGCUUUGGAGACUACUAUCCCACAGACGAUGUCGGGCGCGGCCUCGUCUUUCCAUACUCGGUGGGUGGAACCAUUAUUCUAGGUUUGAUGGUCAGCUCCAUCCACAAAUUCGCCGGAGAGCUCAGCACGGUCAAUGUCCUACGCAAACACGUCGAGCAAAGACGGGUCAACACCCUCUCGCGGGUCAUUACAGUUGACGAUACCGAAGAGAAACGGAGAGACGAGCUGGAGAAGGAAGUGGAGAUUGAGGAAAGACAUGGUCGGCGUCCAUCCAUCUCGUCUCCGCUUCCGGACCCUCGGAUCCAGCACGACCUGGACGAAGUGGCACGUCACUCACAUGAUCCUCCCAACGCAGCUCCGACUCAGGACCGCAAUAUCGACUUUGGAAACACCGAUGCUGAACAAUUAAAGAAGGCGGAACGGAAUGAGGAGGUUCCGCAGCCUAAUCAGUUCUUGCGCUCGGCAUUCCGUCGAGGCCCGAUACAUACCACGUUGCGAUCGAUUACACCGUUGAUGAAAAGAACGAUUUCAAGGUCACAAAAGAAAGCCAUUCUCAUGAAGGAGGAAAAGGACCGGUUCAACGCCAUGCGUGACAUCCAGCAAAACGCGAAGAAGUUCAAGAAGUGGUACGCCCUGUGUAUGUCGGUCACUGCAUUCGGCAUCUUAUGGUGUAUAGGCGCUGUGGUGUUCUGGCAGGCUGAGCGGACGACCCAACGUCUGACUUACUUCCAGGCUCUAUACUUCUGCUACGUCAGCUUGCUGACCAUCGGCUAUGGUGAUCUGAGUCCCAAAAGUAAUGCUGGCAAGCCAUUCUUCGUGGUGUGGUCAUUGAUUGCCGUCCCGACCAUGACGAUUCUUGUCUCGGACAUGGGAGACACCGUUAUAUCUAGUUUCAAGCGAGGGACCUUCAGAUUAGGCGACUUGACUGUCCUUCCCAAGGCAGGACUAUGGCACGAUCUCGUCAUGAAACAUUCCUGGCUUUACAACUGGAUGAAGAAACGCACUGAGAAAAAGCGUCGCAAGGCCGGCCUCCCUCUUGGACCGUCCGGUGACGAAGCUCCACCCAUAUCGAGCAUCGAACAGUUGGCAUCUGAGGACCUGACCGAGGCGGAGUUGACUUCUCGACUGGCAUGGGCUAUUCGCAAAACGGCCGACGAUCUCCAUCAUUCUCCCGGCAAACGAUACAGCUACGAGGAGUGGUGCGAGUUCACCCGCCUCAUCCGCUUCACCAAAGUCGGCCUCGAGCAGCUCGAGUAUGACGAGGAAGUAGACGGUGUGGUCGAGUGGGAUUGGCUCGACGAGAACAGCCCUAUGCUCAGCCAGCAGUCAGAGUCGGAGUGGAUUCUAGACCGGCUGUGUGAGAGCUUACUUCGACUCCUCAAGAAGAACAUGCUGGGUGGCCAGGGCAGUGCACCGCAGUCUGCAAUUACGCAGUCCAGCAGCGGGGCGGAUCUGAACAUCUUUGGUUUCAACCGACGCGGGACGAUCUACGAUGACCCUUAUAUCGAUCAGAAAGCGUCGUCCAGAUUCGGUACCGGCACCGGCAUCGGGAAAGGCAAGGGCGUGGCAGCCGAUCCGCCAUCAAAGGCAGAGGAACGACAACGCAGAGCAUCCGGUGUCGAUGCCGUGCUUACAUUUUUCACCGGCGAUAGGAAGGGCACUCACGCGUACGCGAACGAAGAACCGCAAUGGAGUAAAAAAGGAUUGGACCGGCUCAGGGACAGUGGGCGAAGAAAGAGCAGUGGUGGUGGUCGCAAGCGAGUAGGGCCGUUCAGCAGGCUGGUCCACCACGGCAAGACCGGGACCGUCGGCGGCGGGAGAGGCGGUGCCGGGAUCCGAACCCUCAAGCUAAGGCAGUUUGCCGGAGACGGCGAUGGGUGA